AGGCGGCUGCAUACCGGUGAGCGUCCCUUCACCUGCAGCGACUGCGGCAUAGGCUUCACCCGCUCCAGCAGCCUGCUGAAGCACCAACGCACCCACACCGGCGAGCGCCCCUACACCUGUGCCCAAUGCGGCAAGGGCUUCACUCAGUCCAGCAGCCUGAUGCAGCACCAGCGCAUCCACACUGGCGAGCGCCCUUACACCUGUGCACAGUGCGGCAAGUGCUUCUCCCAAUCCAGCAACCUGCUGAAGCACCAGCUAAUCCACACUGGCGAGCGUCCUUACACCUGUGCCCAGUGCGGCAAGGGCUUCACCCAAUCGUGCAGCCUGCUGAAGCACCAGCGCACCCACACCGGCGACCGCCCCUACACCUGCACUCAGUGUGGCAAGGGCUUCGUCCAAUCCAGCCACCUGCUGGUGCACCAGCGCACCCACACUGGCGAGCGCCCCCACACCUGUGCCCGGUGCGGCAAGGGCUUCACCCACUCCAGCAACCUGCUGAAGCACCAGCGCACCCACACUGGCGAGCGCCCCCACACCUGUGCCCGGUGCGGCAAGGGCUUCAUCUGCUCCACCCAACUGCUGUCCCACCAGCGGCUGUGGCAGCACCGGCGUAAACAACGGUGA